AUGGCGGCGCAACCGGUGAAGCCAGCAAAGAACGUGGACAAGCCGCUCUUCACCGAGACGUUCAAUGUCCAGGCCAGCUCCGCCGACUACAUGACCUUCAUCACCGGCAUCCGCAACAAGCUCGGCAACCCGGGCCACUUCUCCCAUAACCGCCCCGUGCUGCCGCCGGUCGAGCCCAACGUCGCGCCUAGCAGGUGGUUCCACAUCGUGCUAAAGACCUCGCCGGCUAGCACCGGGCUCACGCUCGCCACCCGCGCCGACAACCUCUACUGGGAGGGCUUCAAGAGCAGCGACGGCACGUGGUGGGAGCUAACCCCGGGCCUCAUCCCCGGUGCCACCUACCUCGGGUUCGGCGGCACCUACCGAGACCUCCUCGGCGACACCGACAAGCUGACCAACGUCGCUCUCGGCCGGCAGCAGAUGGCCGACGCGGUGGCCGCGCUCUACGGGCGCACCAAGGCCGAUAAGACCUCCGGCCCGAAGCAGCAGCAGGCGAGGGAGGCGGUGACGACGCUGCUCCUCAUGGUGCAUGAGGCCACGCGGUUCCAGUCAGUGUCAGCGUUCGUGGCCGGAUUGCUGCACCCCAAGACGGUGGAGAAGAAGAGCGGGAAGAUCUCCAACGAGCUAAAGGCCCAGGUGAACGGGUGGCAGGACCUGUCCGAAGCGCUGUUGAAGACGGAUGCGAAGCCCCCGGCGGGAAAGCCGCCAGCAAAGUUCACGCCGAUCGAGAAGAUGGGUGUGAGGACGGCAGAGCAGGCGGCCGCCACCCUGGGGAUACUACUGUUCGUCCAGGUGCCCGGUGGGAUGACAGUGGCUCAGGCGCUGGAGCUGUUUCAUAAGAGUGGGGGGAAAUAG